ACCAAAUUGAACGAAAUAAAAUAGUCAGUCAUUCAAUUUACUAAAUCUAAAUAUUGUUAUUUUUACAAAGGAAAUUACUAGGAAAUAAAGAUAUAGUGGCUAUAUUUUUACUGAAAAACGGAUUUCCCACAGUCCCACCAUGGGUGACAGAAAAGAAAGGAUGAAAAAAAGCCUAGGAAUAACUGAAUAUCCUUGGAGCUCAGAUGAUGAAACUGGUGAAAACCACACUAUGGUGCGUCCUAACCCGUCGUCUUCGGCGACUACUAAUGAGUACAUGGACAUGAUAUACAGGGCGGCCGCCAUUCCGGGCCAGCCCCAGCCGGGGACGUCGGCCUCCUCGUCUGCACCGCCGCCGACUACUACGAGCAAUACUGAGCCCUCCACAAGUCAAGCAUCAAGGCGUCCACAAGCCACACGGUCGGACCGCCACCUGUUCUGGUCAUUGCUGAGCCAGAGGGGGCAAGCGGAUAUGACAGCUCGCUCCCGCGCCAUAGAAGCCCUACGCCGCGACGUGGCGCGCUGCACAGUACCACGGGUCCCCCCGCGCGCCCCCCGCAGCGCCGCGCCCAGCGCCGAGCCCGCACUGCGCCGCCCCAGCCCGCUGCACGAGAUCCGCGGCAUACUGGCGCUGAAGAAGGCCACGAGGAUACCUCCGUUUAAUGCGUCCAGCGUAGGCGUGGGCCAGCCGUCGCGCAACCCGCUGUUCACGGCGCGGCCCACGCCCGCCGGCGCGCACGCCCGCCUGCGCGCCCGCGAGCGCGACGCCCGCGCCGCCGCCCUCGCGCGCUCGUUUAAUGCGCCCGCCGCCGCUCAUAGUCAUAGGCAUCGGCUUAUAUGUCAUGCGACAACGUCAGGAGACAGCGCGCGCGACCUCACCACGCGGCGCGCGCAGCCGCAGCACCCGGCCGACCCCAGCCAGCCCUCCACGUCCGCUGGCAUCAGGUUCAGCCCGGUGACGGCAGACGACUCGGCGGAGGAGGCGCCCGCGCGCCGCGCGUCCAGCGAGGGCCAGCACUCGCUGUUCCUGGACGAGUUUAACUGGAUUAUGGAAGACUCUGACAUCCCAGUUCCACCGAAGCCGCAAGAUUCUAGUGAACAGACUGCUGCCCCAGGCCGUAUACAGACAGAACGCUGGCUACCGGCGCAGAGCUGUCAGUUUCAUACUUAUGGAUACCGAACCAGCGCUGAGAAGCGCGGGGAAGAUAUCCAUAGGAAAUGCGACGAAGGCCAAUCGGCGAGCACUUCGACAGAGAUGUCGUUGGAAGAGGAAGUGUUGGAAGUGGAGCCGGCGGCCGAGGCCACGGAGGACCACACCGAUGCCGCCGGGCAGCUGGCAGCCGAGAAUGUAAGUGCAGAAGUAUCAGCUGCUGCAGAAGAAACUCCACAAGAAGAUCAGACACGCAGUAAAAAGAAGAGAGAAGAUAAGGAGAGCACAGUCGUCGAACUAAAUCAGUGCCUGCUCCGUCUACUGGAGUGCCCGGUGUGCCUGGAGUGCAUGGAGCCGCCCAUGUCGCAGUGCCGGCGCGGGCACCUGGUGUGCGCCGGCUGCCGCGCGCGCCUGUCCGCCUGCCCCGUGUGCCGGACCGCCUUCUCGAGCGUGCGCAACCGCGCCAUGGAGGGGGUAUCCGAGAUAGUCCGCUACGCGUGCCGGCACGGCUGCGGCAAGCUGGUCCGUCUGCGGCGGCGCGCGGCCCACGAGGCGUCGUGCGAGCGCCGCCGCUACGCCUGCCCCGCGCCCGCCUGCGCCGCAAGAACCUCGCUGCCGCAUCACGACUUGGCGGCGCAUUUCCAGUCAAAGCACGCAGCCAUGGUGAAGAAAGGCCGCAAGCACCGCCUCGCGGUCAAAGUGAACGAGGAACGUCACGAGAACCACAUCAUUCUGGCUCUACAGGAGUUCUUCCACUUACGAGUGGACGUGGACCUGCGCAACUGGGACAUGACGCUGUGCGUCGCCUACAUCGGGCCCAAGAACAAGGCGAAUACUUACACAUACGAGGUAACAGUGGAAGGGAAGCACCACAACCGCCACGCCUCCUACAGCCGCACCGUGCACUGCGAUCUAGAGAACGCGUCCUUAAAUUGCAGCCGCAAAGACUGUUUCUAUCUCUCUCUAGAUCAAGCAGUCAACUUUUUACGAGUUAAAAACAGGGACUGUGACGCGGAUAAUAUUCUGAACGUGAAUCUGGCGAUUACGAAGAAUGACGAGCCCAUGGAUAUGGAGGUGGAGGACUCGUGUGAAUCGUGAUCGGCCGGGCAGCGGUUCCAGGACACUCUGCGUCGUAUAACGCAAGACAGCAGUGGCCAGUUCGAAUGGUGUCGCUUUUUAAUGUUUUGAUUUAGCUUCUCUUAUUGUAUAUUAGCCUAGGUGUCACCUUCUUGUGUGGCCGUGUGUGUACAGGCACGUUUUGUAAGAGGACAGAAUAUAAAUGAUAUAACUAAGGUCGAGCAACUGAAGUAAUGACUCGAAUCAGCAGGAUCAUUUCGGUGUUUUUACAUGAAAUCAGGUUAUUAUUUAGUUACUGAUGAUUAUCGCCGGCGAUUCAUUAAAUUAAAUGCUAAGAAACGACAGGACAUAAAAGUUUGACCCUUCUAAAGGUGAGUAUUACAACGCCAAUGGUUUUUUAUAGCGUACAAAGAGCGACUGUAAUAUUUUAAAAGAAAGUGGGUACACCAAAUUUACGUUUAGUGUUAUUAUAAGAUUAUAUAAUUGAUUGAAGAUUUAGUACGGUAACUCAGUGCUAGACCAUUCUGCGGAUUGACAGACGAUGUAGGACUAUAGUUGCCGGACGAUAUUGAAUACUGUUAAGUUAUCUUUGCAUGAAUUAAGUUUUUCUUUGCAUGUAAGAAGCUUUUAGGAGAAAUUAACUCUUUUUAUAUUAUAUUGUAAGAGGGUCUGUUUAUUAAAUUGUGAUUAUAUUUAUCUGAAAAUAAACAUUGAAUUCAUUGAUGAUCUCAAAAAGCUAAAAU